UGUUAUAUCAUUCAGUCCAGUUCUUCCUCAAAUCUCAACCAUCACAUUCACAUUUCCUCCACCACCACGCGCUACUCAAUUCUCACGCGCCUCCGAUUAAAACCAAUGCGCCACCACUGAUGCGCAUGGAGAUAACACCAACAACCUUCGCAUCCCACAGUUACUCCGACCUUCCCUCCGCCGCAUCCAUGCCGACUCGUCCUAUCAGAGUUAUCCCUAUGCAACAUCCAAACCUUACGUCUCCAUCUUCUUCGAAUUCGUUACCUCCGAAUGUCGCGAUUACGCAGUUCGCGUCGAAGCUUCGAGGAAUGACGUGGCUUGAAUGGAUUGAGUUCUUGAUUCCUUGUUAUCGUUGGAUUCGGAUAUAUAAAUGGCGUGAGUAUCUUCAGGUUGAUCUUAUGGCUGGAAUCACCGUUGGUGUUAUGCUCGUUCCUCAGUCGAUGUCAUACGCGAAAUUGGCUGGACUUAAACCGAUAUAUGGACUUUACUCUGGUUUUGUGCCCAUAUUUGUGUAUGCCAUAUUUGGGUCUUCUCGCCAGCUAGCAGUUGGUCCGGUAGCUUUGGUUUCUCUAUUGGUGUCUAAUGUUCUUGGUAGCGUAGCUGAUACGUCCAGUGAGUUAUACACUGAGUUGGCAAUUUUACUGGCUCUUAUGGUUGGGAUCCUUCAGUGCAUAAUGGGAUUAUUGAGGCUUGGGUGGCUGAUACGUUUCAUUAGCCAUUCAGUAAUCUCUGGCUUUACAACUGCUUCAGCUAUUGUGAUUGGUUUAUCACAAGCAAAAUACUUUUUGGGAUAUGAUAUAGAUAAAAGUAGCAAGAUUAUACCAUUGGUUAAAAGUAUAAUAGCUGGAGCUGAUAAGUUUUCAUGGCCUCCUUUUGUAAUGGGAUCAGUUAUGCUAGCAAUACUUCUUGUCAUGAAACACCUGGGAAAAUCAAGGAAAUACUUGCGAUUCUUGAGAGCUGCAGGCCCUCUUACAGCAGUAGUUUUGGGAACGUUUUUUGUGAAGUUAUUUCAUCCACCAUCAAUUUCAAUUGUGGGAGAGAUACCUCAGGGCCUACCCAAAUUUUCUGUUCCAAGAGCUUUUGAGUAUGCAGAGUCCUUAAUUCCAACUGCUUUUCUUAUAACAGGUGUGGCUAUACUGGAGUCGGUAGGAAUUGCAAAGGCGUUAGCAGCAAAGAAUGGGUAUGAGUUGGAUUCAAAUCAAGAGUUGGUCGGUCUUGGUGUUUCCAAUGUUCUUGGUUCAUUCUUUUCAGCAUACCCUACUACAGGAUCCUUUUCAAGAUCAGCUGUUAAUCAUGAAAGUGGUGCAAAAUCUGGAGUAUCUGCAAUAGUUUCGGGGAUCAUAAUAACUUGUGCACUUUUGUUUCUAACACCACUAUUUGAGAACAUACCUCAGUCCGCUCUUGCUGCCAUCGUGAUCUCUGCUGUAAUUGGUCUGGUAGAUUAUGAUGAGGCCAUUUUUUUGUGGCGUGUAGAUAAAAAAGAUUUUCUUCUUUGGAUCCUUACUAGCACUACAACAUUGUUUCUUGGUAUUGAGAUUGGCGUAAUGGUUGGGGUUGGAGCAUCUCUUGCUUUUGUCAUUCACGAGUCAGCAAAUCCUCACAUUGCUGUUUUGGGUCGUUUGCCAGGGACAACUGUUUAUAGAAAUGUUAAACAGUAUCCUGAAGCAUAUACAUACAAUGGAAUUGUAAUUGUUCGUAUCGAUGCUCCUAUUUACUUUGCAAAUAUCAGUUACAUAAAGGACAGGUUGCGGGAAUAUGAAGUUGUUGUUGACAGUUCUACAAGACGUGGUCCCGAGGUUGAAAGAAUUAAUUUUGUGAUUCUUGAGAUGGCGCCUGUGACCUACAUAGACUCUAGUGCUGUUCAGGCUUUGAAAGACUUGUAUCAGGAGUACAAGUUACGGGACAUUCAGAUUGCAAUAUCCAAUCCAAAUCCAGAUAUUCUGCUUACUUUGUCUAAAGCCGGUCUGGUGGAGUUGAUAGGAAAAGAAUGGUACUUCGUGAGAGUACACGAUGCUGUUCAAGUUUGCUUGCAGCAUGUUCAAAGUUUGAAACCAGGAUCUGAAAGGUCACAUUCAUCACACUCUUCUUCAUCAGAAGACAAACCAAGCUUCUUCUCGCAGUUAUUUAAGCAGAGAGAGGAGAGUCGUACAACUACCGACUUAGAGUCUGGUAAUGGAAGGCCUCCGCUCGCCCCAAUCAGAGAUUCCCAAUCGGAGCCAUUGUUGUCAAAAGAACAAUGAGUCUGCUUUGUGUUGUAAAAAUAUGUAAUUAGCCAUUCUUUUAAAUAGUUUUGCAAUGAAUAGGUGAAAUGCAGUGUAAUCAAGCUAAUGUAAACAAUAAUAAUCUGUGUAAUAGUUAAAUGGCAUGUUGUAAAAUAUACUAACUGAAAUUUUGUGAAUGAAUUAUUAUUGUGUAUUUUAUGUUCUGGUA